GCUGCUUUCGGUUUUGAUCAGCCAAAAUGGUUCGUGAAGCCCUUCGGGCCGGGAGGGGAGGAGGCACAGAGCGCUGCCAGGUGAGCUGAGCCACACCAUCACUGCAGUGCCUGAGGAGCUCUGGGUUCCCACCAGCAGGCUGUGCUGGGCUGGGCAGGGCAAAGCGAGGGCACUGGGGGUGGGGGAGGAACCCGCAGGGCUCAGCAUUGUGCUUUGGGCCGUUUGGGCUCAGAACCGCCGUAGCAUUACGCACUUCACUGCCCGUUCUGGAAGGACUUGCUUGUGCUCCCUGCACACGUGCCCUGGCCAUCGGCUGGGUCAGCCAUAGUGGUGCAAUCAGUGCAGCCUGGUGAGCUCAGAGGGAUUGCAAUUUUGUUAAUGAGUGCGGAUACCGGGCCUGUCUGCUCCCAGGGAUUGGGGCUAAGCUUAGCAUCUGUCACUGGAAGACGGAGGGGUUCCGCGGCACCGACACAGCAGCAGUUCCGAGGGUGGGAGAGGGCUGCUGGCUGGGAGAACAAGAAUUGGUGGAGUGGGUGUUUUAAGAAAUAAAAUGCAACAACAAAACCCAAACCCCGCAUUUCCAGAUCAAAAUUUAAGGCUAGAAAUGUUUUGAAUUCUCCUGGAAGAAACUGAAAUAGAAAUGCUGGUUUUCUGCUGAGCAGAUGUAACCCAUCAGAGCUGGGGAACCACGCAGCAAAGCUGGUACAGGGAGCGGAUGGGCAGAGCCAGGGCUGGGAGCAGAACCCACACUGUGCCUGCAGCAAAGGACGGCUCCGUGCAGCCACACUCAUCUGAACUCAGUGCCAUUACACAGCUCGGGCUCUCAGUGUAGUUUCUAAGUGCUUUCAACUCUUCUUGUUACCGGCACAGGCUAAUCGCCUAAGGUUUAUGCACUGAGGAUGAGGUAAAACUGCAGGUGAGACGGCUGUACCUCCCCAUUACCUGGGGCAGAGGGCGUGUGGAGGCUGUGUGCUGACCCUGAGUACCCACUGCAAGGGGAAGGCCUCCCAGACCCUCCCUGUAAAAAUUAUACACUGACACAACAUGUGAAAAAGAGCCAUUUUUGCAAUGAAGAUGAGCUGCAGUUUAAUUUAGUUAAUAACCGAGGCAAGUUAAUCCUGUUCGGACAAGGAUCAAACCAGUUUCAGUGCAUCUGUGUCAGUGCUUUGCAUCUGUCUAACUAGAUAGAUCUAAAAUAACUUGGUUAUAAAAGGAAAUAGUUUGUACUGUGCAGCUUCUGAGCCGGGGAUCAGGCCUGGCUGCGCUCCCACCCCCACCCCAGCCCGCAGAGAAGCCUGGGUCAGCCUGCUGCCCUGGGCUGCUGCCUGCAGAAGGGGACGGAGAUGCUGUGUUCUGUUUGAAGCUCCUAUGUUGGUAAUGGCAAUGGGAGGUUGUUAUACUUGUUAGCUUUUGUUAUCACACACGACUCUUUAAAAAGACAGCUGAGAACAGAUGUAGAUUUCAGCUUUCGUCUCUCCAAGGGAAGAUGAGAUCUCUCCAGCCAUGUCUGCUCUCUGGCCUGGGGGGCACGUGGGAACUGAUGGAUGUGUGUCCCCACCACAGCACAGCCCUGCAGCCAUUCUCCUGCAGCCCGGCUCCAAACUGAAGGCACAGUGGGGAGGGCUGGCUGUAAGGACAGCAGGCAGGGCUGUCAGGGAUGUGACAUUGCUGGCCUGAGUGGUGGGCAGGAGGCAGGGCUGCAGCUCCAGAGCAGCUGCGCUGCUUGGUGUCCUCUGUUUGUGACAUUACUCAGAGACUGAGACUUUGUACUUCAGAGGUCUGAUUUAGACGUGUACAUCUUGCUGGCCCCAUGGCUAGUUCUGUCCUGCCAGGUGCCAAAAGGCACGCUCCAUUGAGACAUCCACAAUCGCAAACGCAUUCAGAGCCCUCAGUGCACUCUCCUUGGCUUUGAUGAGAGCCAGGUCCUCCCUCCCCUGCAGAGUGCCGUCCUGACUGCAUUUUGAAACCACAAGCCGUGGAUCUCCUUGGACAUCGAGCAGCCCGUGCUCCCCCUUUGGGAAGCCAGGCCCUGCCCUCCCGCCCAUGCGCUCACAGCUGGCUGCUCAGAGCAGCUGGCAGCAAUGGCACUGGUGUCACUGCGCUGGGAGAUGGGCACAGAGGGGCACAGUGAGAGCACCGCCUUCCUUUCAGUCCGCGUGCUCUCGGUGUCACUGUGAUGCUUUAUCUGCUCUGGCUAUACAGAGAUUUGUAUGAAAUCAUUUCUAGUCCAUUGAAGUAGUUUUCAGAGAUUAAUCUUUCAAAGCAUUAGCAUUGAUUCCUGCAUGUGCGUGCCCUCCUCCGGUCCGUGUCCAGGGGGAGAUGCAUUAUCCGAGGUGGAGGAAAGCUCACUUGUCCUAAUUUAUUGAAAAAAUAACUUCAGGUUUAAAAUGGGGCUGUCAUUUCUGAACACAGUUCAAUCUGUUCUUCACUCCUGAGUCUUCGCUCUGACCUUUCCCUAUCUGAAAUACUCUGGGCUGUGCGCUGUGUUCAUUAGUUUAACUUUAGGGAGGGAGCAGCAGGUGUGGGCUGUGGAUAAGGGCUGCAUGCAAGCUGGCUCUGUGCUUACCCACGUACCCCUGGCUGGCUGCAGCUGCAGUUUCAUUUAAGGCAGUGCCAGGAUUUUUACUUUUUAGGAGUUUUUCACAGUUUGUAAGUAUGAGUAACAAUUUUUACAUUAGCUCUGUAAGGAGCUGCCCCGGCACUGCCUGAAGUAUGCAGUGAUGGUACCGGCACUUGUAAAGAUGAGUUGGAGAAGCAGUGCAGUGCAUCCAUCCCAGCCCUGCAAAGGGAUCCUGCUCAGGGAGGCUGGGACAGCAUGAGGAGCCUGGCCAGGUUAUGGGGAGCUGUGGGGCUGGGAGCUGUGGGGCUGCAGGGGCUGUCCCAGCCUCACUGUCCCCAACCUAUGGGGAGAAACAGCUCAGCCUGGGUGGAGUGACAAAUGCAGGGAGAGCAGUAAGAACUGGGAGGUGAUCUCUAAAGAUAUCUGUCCUUCUCCUGCCUGUGAGUCUGGGCACAGAGGGGACUGCAGUCAGGACCUGUUGGCUUUGUGGUGCUGGGACGCCCCGGCUGUGUGGAGGGGCUCGGAGCUUCUAGCAGUGCCACGGGGCUGGGAGCACCACUGCCAGGCACUGCCCUCAGCCCUUCCUGCCAUCCACAUCCCCAUUGCGGCAGGGAACACACCUACUAGAACACGCCUACUACAACAGCUGCUGUGUGCACAGGGCAAAGCCAUUCUGUGCUGCAAGGGCUGCUGGCCCAGCGGGUGCUACAGCUCUGAGAGCCCCAGAAAAAUCACCACCUUCGGCCAUGCGAAUCCCUCAUUCCAUCUGAAAAGCAGGUUCCCAUGAGAAGGAUGUGUUGUAUAUCCCUAAAAGACACCGACAUCCAUCUGGCUGCAGGGCAGGUAGCAAAUGGGAGAAAUUAGCUUUACAUCGCGGUGCCACCUCUGGAUAAAACAUCCACAAUCAGAACAAACUUCAAAAUGCUUUGAGCUUUUUAUUUUUAAAGAACAUUGUCCUAAGUUGUUGUUAGACAGUUUUCACUGAGUUUUUUUAGGAACAUCAUUCAGCCUCCAAAGUCAGUUAGAAGCCAUUAAGCCGAGGCCGUUAUAUACGCCAGCGUUGUUAGAGGGACAAAUGCAAACAAAGUACUGUUUGGAUGCUAAGAUGUAUUGGUGUGUCGGGCUCAGAGCCGUGCACUGUUGGCACCUCUCUGUAGUUUGGAUUUGGAAUUCAAAACCUGAGUCCUGCAGACACUUCUUGGCUCACAUUGCUGGGAGCGUUAAGUGGGGUCUCCGAAGCGCGACUAAUAGCACAGGGUGAUAUUGGAUGGUUGUGGGAAUGGGACUUCACAAAAGGAUUAUAAAGACCUGCAGCUAAUAGCAGUGUUACGUUGUCAGUGAAACCUGCGGGAAGGACGAGGGAGGCUCAGUGAGUGUGGGGUUCUGAUCAGCGUUACAUUCCUAAGGAGAGGCCAGCACUUGUUCAGGAGAGCAGAAGGGUGAAGCUAAUUAUGAGCAGAGAGAGAGGGCGGCUGGCCCAGAUGCUCGUCUGGCUGCUAUGAAAUGCAGAGUAGCAGGCAGCAUUGGUCAGAGGUUUGAUACUCCUUCCGUGUACUGUUGGGUACAGAGCCUGACUGUGCAGAGGUGCUUGACAUCAGUUGUGCUGUCCUUGGCUACCAAACAUAUUUUAAUAAGGAAGGUGAAGGAAUCUUUUAAUAACGUGUAAGUUCAGUUUUGCCGUUGUUCUGCUCCUGGCAGGGUGGUGUGGGCUGUUCAGCCUCACGUUAACUUUGUGCUGCGCUGAAGGACCCCCCGAGCAAACAGCCACGCUGCAGGCAGGGCUGUGGGAGCACCGCUGCGAUGGGUGAAUGCAGGGCAUCCCCAGGGCAGAUUUAGUGGCAUCCGCAGUGAAAUCUGUAUGUGGUGUGAUGGUGCCAUACAGAAUGAGGACUGCAAAGUUUUCAGCAGGGGCCCACAGUGACAGUGACCCUCAGCUCCAGCAGCCCGGGGACAGCGGCCAGCUGUGCAGCUGCAGUGCAUGGUGCUCGCUGUGCCAAAACCAGGGCAGGCCGGGCCAUGCCCAAAACAGGGCUUUUCAGGACCUCCUCAGGCUCUUGGCUUUAUCUUUUUCUAAGCUUUUUUUAUUAUUAUUUAUUUACUUUUUUAUUUAUUUAAAAUUUGGAAUUAAUUUGCAUAAUCACCAACCCUUCCACUUCUUACUCUUCAAGGUCAUUAGGGAAUCUGGCUGAAAGAAGCUGGCCAUAAAGCACCGGCUUCACGGCUAAUGAAAGUGAGAGCUGUGUGGGUUUAAUGGCAGGAGGUGAGCACAGCAGGGGGCUGUGGGCACCCCAUGGCCUUAACGCAUGGUGCGCUCUGUGAUACCCGUGGGCCCAAAGCCCAGGAGAAUGGAGAGGGUGGAAACAAGUGCCCUGCAUGGAGACCCACAGCCCCAGGGGCUGUCAGCCCCAACAGCGCAGUCCGUGGGCAGCAGUCAGCAUUUGUGUCACACGGAGGUGCAGCUGCGCAGACAGACGGACCAACAACUAGCCGGGCGUGAUGUCAGGCCCGGGACCGUGGGAUAUUCACUGAACAGAGCCCGUGCUGCCCAGCAGCACUGCUCCCAGCACAUCUGGCUCCUGCUGGAGGCCAAAGACGCGUGGUUUGCGCUCGCUGCUUCCUUCCAGACUGUCUUAAUAACGUGUCCAAAUGUGCAAAAGGAAAUACUCCAGAGCUGGAGGACCUGGGUUCUCUCUUUUCCUGCUGCUUUUGCUCUCCACCCACUGCAUGUGUGAUGCUCGUUCCAAAGUUCAGGUUCUGCAUUUUUAUGCUUUGCCAGAGAGAUAAAGUGCUCAGUAAAACUGUAACUUGACCUUAACGCUUUGCCGCAGCGAGGGAGACGCUGUGCUGAGGGGAAGGAGGGCAGCGCCUCGGGGCUGCUUGGCUGGGGAUGGAGCGGCACGGCGACGGCCCGGGGCUCGGCUCGGCUCGGUUCGGUUCGGUUCGGUUCGGCUCGGGGGCUGCGGGCGGGCGCUGCUGAGCGGGAGCCGGGUUGGCACGUCCUGAAUUUUUGCUCCGCUGCACAAAGGACCCCUGUGCUGCUGCUGCGGAUUUGAGAGCGAAACGAUUGACUGAAGCCGCCUGUUAUUAUUUUUGGCUACUCCAGCCAUGUAUCAAAAACCUGACGCUGGGUUGAUGCUGGUGCCCUACUUUAUAGAAGCCUUGAAAAGCAGAUCGAGGACAGCGAGCUUGUCUUUGUGCCUGGCAUCUGCCAGCAAAGGAUCCCAUCUAAUGCCGAGGCUGAAAGAAUCGCGCUCCCACGAGUCUCUGCUCAGUCCCAGUAGUGCUGUUGAGGCUUUGGAUCUCAGCAUGGAGGAAGAAGUGGUCAUCAAGCCGGUCCACAGCAGCAUCCUGGGACAAGACUACUGCUUCGAGGUGACGACUUCAUCAGGAAGUAAGUGCUUCUCGUGUCGUUCUGCAGCAGAGCGAGAUAAAUGGAUGGAAAACCUGCGGCGUGCCGUGCACCCAAAUAAGGACAACAGCAGAAGGGUAGAGAAUAUGUUGAAGUUAUGGAUUAUCGAAGCCAAGGACCUGCCAGCUAAGAAAAAGUACUUGUGUGAAUUAUGCCUGGAUGAUGUUCUUUAUGCACGAACUACCUGUAAAUUGAAAACUGAUAAUGUCUUCUGGGGGGAGCACUUUGAAUUUAAUAACCUCCCAUCGCUCAAAAACAUUACGGUGCACUUAUACAAAGAGACUGACAAGAAGAAAAAGAAGGACAAGACCAAUUUCAUUGGGCAAGUGAACAUCCCUGUCAGCUCUGUCACAGGGCGGCAGUUUGUGGAGAAGUGGUACCCUGUGGUCAGCCCCAACCCCGGGAAGGGCAAAUCCCCGGGGCCGAUGAUCCGCAUCAAGUCGCGCUACCAGAGCAUGAGCAUUCUUCCCAUGGAGAUGUACAAAGAGUUCGCCGAGUACAUCACUAACAACUACAUGGUGCUGUGCUCGGUGCUGGAGCCCUCGCUGAGCGUGAAGAACAAAGAGGAGAUGGCAUCUGCGCUGGUGCACAUCCUGCAGAGCACAGGCAAGGCCAAGGAUUUCUUGACUGACCUGAUGAUGUCUGAAGUUGAUCGCUGUGGUGAGAAUGAGCAUCUCAUUUUCAGGGAGAACACGCUGGCCACCAAAGCAAUCGAGGAAUACCUGAAGCUGGUGGGACAGAAAUACUUGCAAGAUGCCUUAGGGGAAUUUAUCAAGGCUCUCUAUGAAUCAGAUGAAAACUGCGAGGUGGAUCCCAGUAAGUGUUCAUCCUCGGACCUCCCUGAACAUCAGGGCAACCUGAAGAUGUGCUGUGAGCUGGCCUUCUGCAAAAUCAUCAACUCCUACUGUGUCUUCCCAAGGGAGCUCAAAGAAGUUUUUGCCUCGUGGAGACAGGAGUGCAGCAACCGUGGCCGCCCAGACAUCAGCGAGCGACUGAUCAGUGCCUCCCUGUUCCUCCGCUUCCUCUGCCCAGCUAUCAUGUCCCCUUCCCUCUUCAGUCUCCUGCAGGAGUACCCGGAUGACCGCACUGCGCGCACUUUGACCCUCAUUGCCAAGGUCACCCAGAACCUGGCCAACUUCGCCAAGUUUGGCAGCAAAGAGGAAUAUAUGUCUUUUAUGAAUCAGUUUCUGGAACAUGAGUGGACCAACAUGCAAAGAUUCCUACUGGAGAUUUCCAAUCCAGAAACCAUCUCAAACACUGCUGGCUUUGAAGGCUACAUUGACCUGGGCCGGGAACUGUCCACUUUGCACUCGCUGCUCUGGGAAGUCAUUUCUCAGAUGGAGCAGAGCACUGCAACAAAACUUGGCCCUCUGCCGCGGAUCCUGAGGGACGUCAACUCGGCGCUCAGCAACCCGGCCUGCGUGCAGGUCUCGGUCACAGCCGACCACACUGCAUCCACUCCCAGUGCUGGCAACAGCAUCUCUGCGGGGCUGCAGAAAAUGGUGAUAGAGAAUGACCUACCUGGUCUGAUAGAUUUCACACGGUUACCAUCUCCAACCCCCGAAAACAAGGACUUGUUUUUUGUCACAAGGUCUGCCGGGGCCCAGCCCUCGCCUGCUCGGAGCUCCAGUUACUCAGAGGCCAAUGAGCCCGACGUGCAGAUGUCAAAUGGCAGCAAGAGUUUGUCCAUGGUGGACUUGCAGGACAAUCGGCUCUUGGACAGCGGGGCCAACGCGCCCGGCGCUGCCGACUCGCUCAAUGACAGUCAGUCGUCCCUCGGGCAGUUGCAGGGUGUGUGGACCGCUCGGACUCAGCAGAACAGCGUGACGGGGAUGGCCACGGUGCGCCGCGUGGGUCAGACGCCCACCACGCCGAGCGGUGAGAGCGCACCCGGCCGGCCCCAGCUGCUGGCCCCGCUCUCCUUCCAGAACCCCGUGUACCAAAUGGCCGCCGGGCUGCCGCUCUCACCCCGCGGCCUGGGCGACUCCGGCUCCGAGUGCCACAGCUCGCUCAGCUCCCACAGCAACAGCGAGGAGCUGACGGCCAACAAACACGGCUUCGCCGGCCCCGCCGCCAGCGAGGACUUCACCCGCCGGACGGGGGAACUGGCCCGGCGGCAGCUCUCGCUUUCAGAGAAGGGCGGGCAGCCCACCAUGCCGCGGCAGAACAGCGCCGGACCGCAGCGGCGGAUAGACCAGCCACCCCCGCCACCGCCACCGCCCGUCACCCGGGGCAGGACGCCGCCCUCGCUGCUGAACACGGUGCAGUACCAGCGGCCUUCCAGUGGCAGCAUGAUGUCCUCCUCGCCCGACUGGCCCGGCAGCGGGGCCCGUCUCCGGCAGCAGUCCUCCUCCUCCAAGGGUGACAGCCCCGAGAUGAAGCAGCGCACCAUGCACAAACAGGCCCCUUCUCCUGUGAACCCCAAUGCCCUGGACCGCACUGCUGCUUGGCUUUUGAAUAUGAACAUGCAAUUUUUAGAAGAUGAAAGCAUUGACCCAGAUUCCAAGCACAGGGAUAAGCUCAGGAAUAAGGACGAGCUCAGCCAAGCAGAAAAGUACCAGCAGGACCUGGUGGUGCUGCAGGACAAGUUGCGCAUCUCCAACAAGAAGCUGGAGGAGUAUGAGACACGCUUCAAGUGCCAGGAGGAGACAACGCAGAAACUGAUGCUGGAGUACCAGGCCAGGCUGGAGGAGAGCGAGGAGCGGCUGCGGAGACAGCAGGAGGAUAAGGAGAUCCAGAUGAAGGGCAUCAUCAGCAGGCUGAUGUCAGUUGAGGAGGAGCUGAAGAAAGACCAUGCAGAAAUGCAGGCUGCCGUGGACUCCAAACAGAAGAUCAUUGAUGCACAGGAGAAACGCAUUGCUUCAUUGGAUGCUGCCAACGCACGGUUAAUGAGUGCCCUUACUCAGCUGAAAGAGAGGUACAGCAUGCAGACACGUAAUGGGAUCUCCCCCACAAACCCAACUAAAUUGCAGAUUACAGAGAAUGGAGAAUUCAGAAACAGCAGUAAUUGUUAACCCGCGGAGGGCGCUGCCGCAGGAGGAGGCCUGGCCAGAGAGACCGUGCAGCAGCAGGUGUGAGCCGCGGCUUCAGACAACGGCUGCUCUCUCCCCAGAGAACCCAGCUCCUUACUGCGGACGGCGCGCUUGACUGAGCCUUUGUGGGAGAUGCUAUUGCCAGCACAUUGAGGGGACGGAAAGAUCAAGUGUGAGAUGAGUGGCAUAAGGAAAUAAGAUAUAUUUGAGAAUUGCUGUCACUGUUGGAUUUAAAUCAGUGUUUAAUGUUUAAACAGAAGUAACCUUUUCCUUCCAAGCUGCCCAGAGGAUACGCCUCCCCCCUCCCAACAAGGAGUAACGUCCUUGCCACUGCAGUAAGCAAAAUGCAGGGAGCUGGGCAGAGCCUGCGGCGGGCAGCACCCUCAGUACAGGCAGCACAUGCUGGACGAGGGCUGGCAGGAGCCUGGCCUGCUCCUCCUGUGACUCCCCCUGGAGCACAGCCCCAUCCCCAGAGCAAUCCCUGAGUCUUUGGCCUUCCUUAUGUAGCUUUUGUGCUGCCACUGACUUCUGCAGUGGGUAGCUGUCCAGAGGGCAUUUGCACAGCAAAUUAGUGUUUAAUUAACUCUGCCUAUACAGGGGCAGAGCCCGGCAGGAUGGUCAGGGCUCAUUCAGUGCAAUGUGGGGGCCGUGUGGGUGCUGCUGGGGCUGUGGGGCCCUGGGCAGCCCCUAUGAGCAGCAUAGGCCCCAGGCUCCUGUGCCUGUGGAGGGAGGAACUGGGCCCUACAGAAGGAUUUCUUGGUUCCGCUCCCACCUUCUGCUCUCACAAACACUGGGGACAAGUCUUUGUAAAGCAAUAGUUCUAGGGCACCGUGUUCCCUACCACACACAUAACCACAGAACAAAUUAAAUAAAGGUUACCUGAGCUUGCUGUCCCCAAGCUGUGAGUGAGGUGCAGGGUCGGGACGUGUUGCUGGCGCCCGCUGUGGAGGAGAGGGGGAGUGCCAGGCUGCUACGUGGCCAGCUUCAUGCUUGACAAAGGGUUCAUUAUGGGGAUGUCAUGCUCUGUGCAGAGAUUUCUACUGUUUCUGGGGAGGAAAAGAAGGCAAAGAAACAAGAACGGCCAUGAAGAACCAUGAAGAUCGGUAAUUGUAUUUCUUUUCUUUCACAGUAUGCAUUAGAAAAAAAAAGAGCCCAUUUUCUGGAAUACUGUCCUCUUUAAAUUGGGAAUGAGCACUGCAUGGAAAUUAACCGGCUUGAAGAAUGUAAAACAUGGUCAUAAGGGAGUAACCAGCAGGAACAGCAGCCACCACCGAGAGCCCCCUUGUCAGGAGCACUGUGCAGGCAUAAGCCAGGAUUAGACUUUCCUAACUGCCGAGAUGCAGCCCCGGCACACACAGACACGUUGCUCAGCGGAGGGGUCACCUCCUUAACGGGGGAUGGUGCCGCUGACCUGCCGCCACGGUGUGAUUGUUGGUUUGUGGUUAUCAGUUAGUCCUUCACGGCUCCCAGUCUCAGAGCAGGUCACUCGGACCAAGAGCCAGAGAGAUUUCUCUGAGACACGGAUGACAGUGUACAGUGUACAGGACAUCUGCCUAUUCCUCCCACUAAAGUUUAACACACUGCUGACCGCCUGUCCUAGCUCCUCCUGCCACGUGUAACUGUACAGCCCAAGGUACUAGGACGUUCACUGAGCUCUGCACAGCUUAGGUACCACCUCCAGCCUCGCCGGGCUGCCUGAGCAGGACGCCAUGUGCCAUAAGCUCUGCACUGCCAUGCUGCCCCACAGCUGUAAGGCUCACUAACAGCAUCUUUCCUCAUGCAAUUGCUUUCACAAUUUCAGAUGAUUAUUUUUUAUUUUUGUGAAUGUUUUCUGUUGCCUGGAAGCCCUGGGCCAAGCCUGGUGCGGCUGCAGCUGCUGCAGCUCCGGUCCUCGGAGGAGCGAACGCACUGCUCUGCACUGAGGUCUCCGCGCCCCACCAACGCCUGCAGAAUGGUGCAAGUACACAGAGACCCCAAAAGGAGCUCCUCAGAAAAAAGUAAUCACUAAGUGUUCAUGCCGAGCGGAGAAUAGCACAGAUGUCUGUGAAGAACCUCACACAGCUGACAAGGUUACAACUGGAGAAAGACCCAGACAGGUUAGGAGCACACAGGGUACCGGGAACAGUUUGGUUCAUACACGUAACUUCUGCCAUUGUCUUUAUAUACAUGAUAAGAACCUUGCUAAAAAAAGACUUUUAAACUGCUCUUGCCCUGAGAUGUAUUUUUAGAGCCGAUUGUUUCUGAGCUCCAAAAUGUUGGUGCUGGGGGAGAUGGAAGUUGUUCAGCAUAAAGGAACAGAAGCACUACCAGGGCACGGGGCAGUGCCCCACAGGCAGCGCUUCCAUGUGGGUGCAGUCAGUGCCCUCUGGGAGCUGGAAGAGAGACCCACCCACACCACAGCUGCUUAGUGCUGAAGCAAAGUGCAGUAAGUCUGCUUGCCCCCACCCAGCCAAGGCACUGCUCUUAUACCGCCAUCCCCCUGUUUUCUUUUUUUCCCCCUAAGAUCUGUCAGAAAGUCCUGGGUAACCUCAGAUGUGCACAGCACUGAGCACACCGUCCUGCUGCAACAGCAGGCUGCUCCAAUCUUCCACAGUGAGUUACUAAAAAAUAGAAUCUUCCGAGUUCCAGUGCCAAAACCUUCUGGAGCUGCUUAGUUUCCUAAGCCAGUAAUGAAACAAAGUUCCAAUCAGAACCAGAUCUCUUUACAGUGGAGCUUCCCCAGCCCCUUGUUCCUGUGUCUCCUUAUGCUGCAAGUGUCAACAACUGGACCUAAGUACGACCCUCCCAUAUCAAGGUUUGGGGAUAGGUUUUAAGAUCCAGGCUCAGCUCAGUUCUGUUACUUCUGUUUGUGUUUCUGUUAUUUAUAAACUGUACAUUUAUAUAUGUGUGUGUGUGUGUGUGUGAGAGAGAGAGACUGGCAGUGCCAGGUACCCAGCUGCAGCCCCAGCCCUGGUGCCCGGCGUAGCAAUAGCAGAGGCAAUUAAUUACAGGAGGUGCUCACAGCACCGCAGUAAAGCAACCACUAUGCGUAAUGUUUUGUGAUCUGCUCCAUUUUCUUUUUCAUUCUUGCGCUUUCUAAAAUAAGAGGCUGUUCUCGUGCAAACCUGUCAGCGUGUAAACAAAACUGAAACACACUCAGAUUUUUAUCUUAAUACAAGUCUUAAUAUUUUUUGUAAAUGUUUUCAGUGUUUACUGUAACGUAUCUAUCUCACUAACGGUUGUAUAUAGUAAUUUACUUCUGGUGCUGCUUAUUUGGUCAAGAUUUGGCUGUAUCUCACUGCUGUUCAGCAGAGGUGGACUCCAGCUGGCAAACCUGGAUCCAGCCCCAGGUUAUGAUUUCAGCCUCCUCCCCAUGGGGCACCCGAGGGAAGGGGGAGCAGCCAGGGAUCCAGGUCUGAGGUUGGCCCACCUCAAGGAUUCUGAGUUAUGAUUUGGGGUUUUGUUAAUCUGUAGCAAACAAUUCUUGAAAAAAAAAAAAAAAAAAAAAAAGAGGAAAAUUUUGUGUAAAGGGGGAUGAAAUGGACUGAACGAUACUCUGCGUACCAUCCUUUUGGACAGGGAUUAUGGCUAAAGUGCAGUGCCAACUAACCGGAGGGACUCCGGUCCUUCCCCCUGCCAAUCAAUACUACAGCACAGUCACCAGCCCCUUUUGCACCAGAUUAAGCAAAUCCUGCUGCCAUCCAAAGAGUCCUGUGUCACUCCGCAUUGUCAUUUGAGUCUGGUUGGUUUUGUUUUCUGCUUGUAAAGCACUGAUGGCACUGUGAGAACAUGCUGAGUCCGCCGGCCUGGCAGCCAGCCCGCAGGUCGCUGCAGGGCGCAGGACGCGUUCUGCUGUGAAUAUUCCUAAGGGGAGAAGGGACGCAGUGGACCUGAGUGAGAUACCACAGUCUGUGCUGGGAGAGCAGUCCCCAGAUUGCGUCCAACGCUGAGAAUGCUCGUGGGCUUCUCCUGUUACUUAAAUCCAUACCAAUGUGCAACACGAGACACACAAAGGUCUGAUCCAGGACUCACAGCACCCUGCCCAGUGUGGAGAGUGUGGGCUCGCAGCCACCCCCAUUCCCCAGCCCCAGAGGACACUGCUCAGCCGCAAGGCCUGGCUGUGUCGCCCUGUCCUGCUCAGAACCAGCCCUGCACGGGAAACUGGCACCUUUUCCCCUGAGGAAUAUUAGAGGAAGGGGAUAGGGGGAGUGGGAGAUGACAAAAGCAUGGGCUUUCCAAACCAAAUCCAGUCUUGAGAGCAUUAUACAACAUUCAAAACCAGUCAUGCUUUGAAAAAGGGUGUCGCGUUCAAGCACUGACUUCACAGGUUACCUGAGCUGUGACAUUGCUGUAAAUUCCACGUGGUUCUGCAUCAGCUGCCAGCACCCCGAAGUGCAGUCUCCAUGUUCACAUAUUCCUUUAUCAUACAUCACUGUGUCUUAAGAUAUACCUCUCUCUGUAUAUCUGCUUAAGCUGAUACUUGUUCCUGAUAAGCAGUCGCUAUGUUUUAUAUCCUCUUAUAAAGAAGAAAAAUCUUUUUGUAAGUAUGUUUAAAAACAACAAAAAUGCAAAGUGGAAGUGUUUGCUGAAUCGCCUUCAGCUCCUUUUAAACUAUGUAAUAAUGUACAGAGAAAGUUGUUGGUGUUCAAAGAAAUGAUGUGGCCGUGCAAUUUAUGUACAUUUGCAAUUAGAAAUAUUAAAGAUUUAUUUAGAUAUUUUA